GGGGCCUCCAUUGGAUUAAAAUGAAACUUGUACAGUCCAACUCUUUGCAAAAGUGUAAAAUAUAGUAAGUAACGAUAUUGCAAAGGCAUUGGUGUCUACUUGUAUGUCCUGUGUAAUGCUAUGAUGAGUGAACAAAAAUUUACAAAGAUAUCCUAUUCCUCGAAGUCGACGGUUCGUCCAUCCGGGUUUUACAUAUAGGGCACCGCCAAGCAUGCUUGAGUCAACAACGUUCCAAGUCUGGCGCAUGCCGGGCCUGACGCAACGGGCCAGCUGCUAUUUUGGGUCGCCUCUGUAACUGUUUAUUGAUAGCAGCCUCCAUACGAAGAGAAGGCUGUGGAUAUUUAACCCCUGAUGACGAUUUUCGCGCGAGACCAGAGAUAAAACUGUGGAGUGGGAGAGAGAGAGAGAAAGGGACCAACAUGUCUAUCAAGGUACACUUACCGAGAUCCGCCCCUCGGCCGAGAUUCCUGACCGACCCUAACACGGGAGAAGAGUACAAAGUGUGCGACUUGCUUGGGAAGGGAGGGUACGGAGCGGUUUACAAGGUAAGCGAUACCGAAGACUUGGAGCUUGCUAUAAAAGUCAUCCGGAAAAAGGAGGCCCACCACGACCGCUACCGAUGCAACUCCCAGUGGCAGGAGAUUGAAAUCCACAGCUCUCUCUCUCACCAGAAUGUCAUCGCAUUUCAUAGCUUCUUCGAGGACACUUUACACUUCUAUCUUGUUAUGGAAUACUGCUGUAGAUCACUGGAUGACAUGUUGAAAGAGAAGCCCGUGGUCGGGGACAGCGAGGCAAAGUUUUGGUUCCGCCAAAUAGUCGAGGGAACCAGCUAUCUACACGCCAUGGAAAUCGUGCACGGGGACUUAAAACCAAGAAAUAUCUUACUGACAGAGGACAUGGAGGUCAAAAUAGCCGACUUCGGCAUUGCUACGAACCUUGCCGACGGUAAGUCGAGCAAGAUACGAGGAACUCCGACCUACAUCGCCCCCGAAGUGCUGUCAGGCGAUGGCUUCAGUUUCAAAGCAGAUGUGUGGGCUCUUGGGUGCAUCUUGUACAGAAUUCUGAUCGGACAGAGUGUGCUGAAGGAAAAGGGCAUCAGCACAAGACAAGUUGACCAACUAAAGCGACAAUCGAAAGUCUUCCUGAUAAAGAUGUCUCUACCAUUUUCUGUUUCUCCGGUGGCAAAAGAUCUCAUUCAAAGGAUGCUCAGCUGGACCCCAAGGUCACGUCCAACUCCAGAUGAAAUCCUGAAAAGCAAGUACUUUAAUGAACCCGAGAGGAGACCGUCAUGGCUGAAGAGAAAACCUCGUGUUCUUGCCAACGGAGAACGCGUCGAUCGCAGACCGUCAAUAGUCAAGCGGCUCGAGCGGAAACUCUCCAGGAAAGUCAAGCGGGAAGAUGUCAUGUUCGCAGCUGAUCGCGACGAAAAUCCCUCAACGGACGGGAAUAAGGAGAACUGUGUCGAUUCUACAGGACAUUCACCCAACCUCCUUGCCCCGCCAACACCAGAAGCAACCAAUACGGAUGAUAACCAAGGUGCGGGCAGUCGCCAACCUUCACCAUCAAGAUCACCUCUUUUAUCACAACGUACGCUUCCGGUUCAAGACACGCACAAUACGUCACUUCCUCCAGCUCCGAGCCGUCUGCCAUGUCCCACGACUCCGAAGAUGAAAAGACCUCCAUCACUAGCACACACGCAUGCGCAGAGACUAGAGAGAACAGCUCCGGCUCAAUCGUACCCAUCAAGUCCUCAGAUACCAAGAUCAUCUUUGAUUGGUCACAGCCCCGUACAAAGAAGACGAGGAAUAAGGCGGCAAGACGUCAUCGGAAGAGACCCUUGCAGAGGGACGUACGCGGUUGAGUCAACCAUUCAACCACUGCGGUCUCCUCGCAGGGACUCUAUCACAGAUAACGAGUACAACGACCUGUUAGUCAGAUCUAGAAGUCCCCCAGGAAGACAUGUCACUCCCGCCAUUGUCGUUACGGACCAGACUGUCAGGCGAAACCAGGCGCCAGACACUCCGCGCACGCGUGCUCGAAGAGCCUACAUCGCUCCAGAGUUUGAGGACGAAGACGAGAUCGAAACGAAAGCUUUCAUCACCAAAAGGAGGCAUUCGGCCGAUUCUGCAAGGAUAAGAAAAGAGACAACGCCAUGUGUUCUACAAAUACCUGUGGACGAUGUCUACACCGCAACAAAUGUCCCAAUGGCACAGACAAGCCCGACUCUCUCACGUCUACCUCUGUCGAAGUUAGACAUUGCAACAGCUAGCACGGAAUCUCUGGCCAAACCGUGCUCAACUGUCGAUACAGAAGACCGAUCACGGGCAGUGUCACGGCAGUCAAGCCCGGUUUCAAAGUCAGCACGUCUAAGUACCAGUCAGUUAACGCUGGCAAGCCCACCUGCUUCACCUAAAAGAAUAUCAGGACCAGGGACACCAAUACAAUCUCCCCCAAGAAGCCCACGACUGUCACAACCACAGACACCAAUACAAUCCCCUCCGAGAAGCCCAAGAAUGAAACGACCAGGAACACCUGUACAGUCCCCUCCAAGAAGCCCAAGACUUAGUCUUCCUCCAAGUCAAUGCUCGUCGAUAACGGAUAUCACAGCACAAGCGAUCCGGAGUCCUCUCAGAAGCCCACCAUUUAUUCCAUCACAGAGUCCACCCCGUGUGUUUUUUGCAAAGACACCCUCUCCAGUCGACACAGAAACGUCUCCCACAUUCGCCUGGCCUGAAGAAAUGCCAGAUGAUACAUCUGACGACGACUUCCAAACCUGCCAGAUCGACACCCCCUGCUCAACGUUACCUGGGGGUAGAAAAUCCAGGUGCAUUUCCGAGCCAACACAGUUGCCAAGUAUGGCGGAAUCAGAGGACACUUGCACACCACCAGCAAGUCCAACCAACAUGGCGGACUGGGACGACGCGUCGACGUCAUCAGUAAACAUGGCAGAACAUUCGUACACCUCCGAGACCACCGUAACGUUGAAGAGCCCGCAGAUGAGCAGAAUCGACCAAUCGCGACAAGGCAAGAGGAAAUUCAAAAGGAUGUUUUUCAAAGGGAUGAGCAAGAGUACUUCCGAAGAAGAUGACUUCAUGACGUGUGACGAAGAUAUGUGAAUGUACAUGAAGACUGAGUAAAGUGAGACAGAGAAUGUGCAAAGUAUGAGCAUAUAGAGAGAGGUUCUAGUAUGACGAUUGAGGUAAGUGCGCCGACAAAGAGGUAGCGAUUCGUUCUUGAAAUUCCAGUUGAUGCGCAAAAGUGUGAAAAAAAAGUUAAGAAACAAGAACUGUUUGAGCGACAAUGAAAAAAAAAAAACUACAGAAAAUGCACAGGAAGAACGGCACAAUUAUCAACGUAGAAGCUCACACUCGUGUUGUACAAUUACUGACCCAAAAGAACAGUGAGUCAUGGCUUCGCCUAUGUAAAUACGUUGAAAAGAAGCAAUCGAGAUUGUACAAAAAAUGUAAAUAUGAUUGACAUAUCUUCUAUACUAGCUGUACAACAGCAAGUCACUCAAAAAAUUACAAGUGGGUGAGGACAAAUCA